CAUUAUUAUGGGUAUUAAAACUAUGAUAUAUAUUGUUUUUCAUUUUCUCUUGAUGGGAGAAGAGAGUGGGGUGGAUGAUAAUCGUUCAGUCUGUCAUUUGUAAUUUCUCUGCAAGACAUGUUUUGAAUCAUAACUCAACCGGAAUAUUGACAUUUUUUAUUCAAAAGAUAUGCACAAUCAUUAAACUAACUAAAACAUAUAAUAAGUUAUAAGUCUCUAAUGAUUGAAUCAGAAAAUGUUGAGUAAAGAAAUGCUUUUGAUUUUCUCGCAUCAUUGUGUAUUUGAUAUCUUAGAUACAAAACUUUGAAACUUUUGUUAUAUACAAACCUUUUCUUUAUCAACUUAAACUUAAGACCACACAUUAUUUUUCACUACUCAAAACCCAAAUCCUUCAAAUGAUUCAUGUUGGUUUAUACGGUUUUGGCCAGAUUUGAAUUUAGUUCUUAUACUAAAGAAGUACAAUAUUGAUUCAAAGCUCUUAGUUAGAUCAUCCAUUUUUUUUGUCUGUGCACCAAAAAAUGUAGCCAUUUAAAGUCAUCGUUAUCAACAUUCAUGAUAAAAGAAACAUUUACAAAACAUUGCUAGAAGAAAACCAUUUAUAAGAGAUUUUAUGCUAGUUCAGUAGAUUCACAGCGACUAGUCGACAGUUGACGAGGAUGUUUUUGGCGCUGGAAUGUCAUUAUCAAAAAAAUCUAAUCAAACAAAAUGAACAUAAUAAUCGCUAAAGUAUAUAAAAUCAAAUCAACCCAAAAGAGAAAGUGAAUUUUACUUGGAAACAAUAUAUUCAGUGAAGAAGAUAUUUUGGGGAAUAAAAUAUAUGUGAUCAGAUCAGAUUAGCAGAAAAAAAAAAACAUGAAUUUCAACCGCGAGGCAAUCACUUAAACUUCAUAUACGACACCGUAUCAAGCCAAACCAUGCGAAUACGACGUCGCUAAGAAGCACACCAUAUGAAUACGACUCGUGAAAGUACAUCGCCGGUUUAUAAUUAGUCGCCUUCAACAAAUUAAAAAAGACUCUUUCUCACUCGUUUUCUCGUCGCAGUUCAAAUUCCAUUUCCUUGAAUUUAGAUUUCUAAGGUCGGCGAUUUUCGAGUCCACGGCGUUUCGCCUUUGUUACUCAGAGGCUGCUACCUCUUGCUGCCACUGCUUGAUUCGCCGUUCUUCACGCAGGUAACUUUCACGUAUGGCCACUAAUACUUUACAAGAUUUGAAUUCUCUCCCUGUAACUGAGAAGAUGAGUGAAUGUAAAGCUAGCUUAACCAAGCCUUGUGUUGGGAAGAUGAAUGGAAAAUCUGAUGAUAGACCAUUGCCAAGCUCUGUGGUUUCGAAUCCCAGCCUUGUAGAAACAGAGAAACCCGAGGCAGAGAAAGCUACCGUGGAAGUUGAAUAUAUUGAAUCCCAGAACUUGAAUAAUGUUGACGAUGCUGAUGCUGUUCUCAAGUCGGUUCUAGCUGGCCUUGACUCCAAGGAUUGGGUAUCAGUCUGUGACGCUCUUAAUAAUGUUCGUCGCCUUUCCAUAUUCCACAAGGAAACUAUGCUUCAUAUGCUCGAAAAAGUGAUCCCACUCGUCGUGAAAUCACUGAAGAAUCCUAGAAGUGCAGUAUGUAAAACCGCAUGCAUGACAUCUGCAGACAUCUUCAGUGCAUAUAACGACCAUAUUACAGAUCUAUUGGAUUCUCUGCUUACUCAACUCCUCCUCAAAUCAUCCCAAGACAAAAGGUUUGUCUGCGAGGCAGCUGACAAAGCUUUAACAUCAAUGACCAAAUACGUUUCCCCAACUUUGCUGUUACCAAAGCUGCAACCUUGUCUCAAGAACAGGAAUCCUCGGAUCCGUGCAAAAGCAUCAUUAUGCUUUUCCCGAAGUGUACCCCGACUGGGCGUUGAAGGUAUUACAGAAUAUGGAAUCGACAAACUAGUUCAAGCGGCCGCGUCUCAGCUUAGUGAUCAGCUCCCUGAGUCCCGCGAGGCUGCGCGCACCGUCCUACUGGAACUUCAGACCGUGUAUGAAAAAGCUCAACCUCUCAUUAAACCCGAGACUGCAUCAUCGCCAGAGGAAGAGCAACAAACCCUGGAGGCAGAGCCAAUUACGUGGGAAAUCUUCUGCAAGUCAAAGCUGUCGGCUCUAAGCGCACAAGCCGUGCUUCGUGUCACCAAUGUUGUGGCAGUGACUGCUCGGGAGAGUUUGGUUACUACAGGUUCAUCUUCUUCAUCACAGCUAUAAGCCUUCUCUACUAUUUUUUGGGUUUUUCCCUUCUUAAACCGUUUGCUACGGAUCAUACGGUUACAUGGUAUUCUCCGGCCGUGAUUUACCAAAUUGGCAAAUUAUGGACCGGAAAAAAGAGUGAAACUGGUUAUCAAAAAUCUUGGUUUUAUCUUCUUCUUUUUAUGAGUCUUCUUUUCUCUUCAGUCUUCAUCAGUGACUUUCUUCUUAUAUGUUUGUCUAAUGUGUAUAUACAUUCUAUACCAAGAUUUGGUAAUAUAGCCCCGAGUCUUUUGAAAA